UAUUGUAUUGGAUACACUGGAGCAGCCCCCCUACUCUCUCUCUCUCUCCGCUGUUUUUCUGUUUGGUUCCACUUGCUUUGUUGUGCUAGCCCUAGAUCUCACACGCCAAAUAUAUUACUAAUUAUUCGUAUUAAUAAUACAUACAUGCACACAGAAAUACAGAUCCUUUUUGGCUUGAAAGAUUUGGAGUUCUUGCACUCACAAUAGCAAGUGGAAAACCAAAAAAAAAAAAAAGAACCUCUCUAUUCUCUGCAUCAUUAUUCAGCUUUGAGUUUGUUCUCAUCGAUUCAGAAAUAUUGCUUCUGUUGUUGGGUUGUUCAAAGAUAAGACAGUGAGCUACCUUUGGUUAUUGGUCUCAGAGAUUGGUUAACGGGUCUAGUUUUUCAUGCUUUUCGAUUGCUGAUGUAUAUAGUUCCUAGAUGAAGACAUCUCAGGGGUGGCAUUUAGGCAUGAAGGACAUGCAAAUAUUGUCUGCACCUCGCCAUCGUGCUCAGUUAAAGAAACCAACAUGGAUAAUCGUGUUGGUUUCUUUAGUUAGCUUGUUCCUAAUUUGUGCUUACGUUUAUCCCCCUCAAGGUUCUGGUGCUUGUUAUGUAUUCUCACUGAAUGGUUGCAAGGGGUUUUCCGAUUGGCUUCCGCCUGCGCCCGCCAGAGAAUUGACAGAUGAAGAGCUCGCUUCCCAUGUUGUAACUAAUGAAAUUCUGAACACACCCCCAGUCAUGCCAGAAAGCCCCAAAAUUGCAUUUAUGUUCCUGACACCUGGCGCAUUGCCAUUUGAAAAGCUCUGGGACAGAUUUUUUCAGGGUCAUGAAGGCAAAUUUUCUGUCUAUGUACAUGCAUCUAAGGACAAACCAGUACAUUUUAGCCGUUACUUUGUCAAUCGGGAAAUUCGUAGUGACAAGGUAGUGUGGGGAAAGAUUUCUAUGGUUGAUGCAGAGAGACGCCUUUUAGCAUACGCGCUUAAAGAUACUGACAAUCAGCACUUUGUAUUACUUUCUGACAGUUGUAUACCGCUGCGUGAUUUUGACUAUGUUUACAACUACCUGAUGUAUACAAAUAUCAGUUUUGUAGACUGCUUUGAGGAUCCUGGACCUCAUGGAAGUGGCAGAUAUUAUGAACGUAUGUUACCUGAAGUUGAAAAGAAGGAUUUUCGAAAGGGUGCACAGUGGUUCACAAUGAAGCGGCAGCAUGCCCUUGCAGUUAUGGCUGACAGUCUCUACUAUAGAAAAUUCAAGGACUACUGCAAGCCAAACAUGGAGGGUAAUCGGAAUUGCUAUUCUGAUGAGCACUAUAUACCAACUUUUUUCCAUAUGCUUGACCCAACUGGAAUUGCGAAUUGGUCAGUAACACAUGUUGAUUGGUCUGAAGGGAAGUGGCACCCAAAAUCAUACGUGCGCAAAGAUAUUACUUCUGAUCUUAUGAGAAACAUAACAUCUAUUUCAGAGAAUGUGCAUGUCACAAGCGACGCAAGGAAGGAAGUCCAGAUUAGGCCAUGCCUAUGGAACGGAAACCAACGACCAUGUUACUUGUUUGCAAGAAAAUUCUUACCUGAAACUCUAGAUAACUUGUUGCAGCUUUACCCCAACUAUACGUCGAUUUAAGUGGGUUGACAAUAUCCACACUGAUUCUUUGGUCGAUUCAAUCCGACCCCCCUUCAUCAUCCAUUUCUUGUGUAUCUUCCAGUGUUGUAAAGCGCCCCCCUCUUUACAGAAAGGUUGAGUUCGAGUGCUGCCCCCAGAAACCAGGCAUCUUUUUGAGUGCACGGGUUUUACUGGCAGACGCGGUUAGGGUGACUAUAUAGAGAGCCGAGGAAUGUUGAACCAAGUUGCCCCGAGUCGUCGUGCUUCCUUUUGGGGGUAGGUGAUUUCAUGUUUAGUUUUUCUUUUUUCUCAGUUUUGGGCUAUUUUUGUUAUAUUGAUCUUAGUAUUGGGAUUAAGAAAUUUUUGGGGACUUAUUUAACUACAACACUGUAUUGUUGACCUUUGUAGAAAUUGCAAAUAUGGCCCUUAUUUAAAGAAACUGUUACAUUUCAAUUUUGGUUAAUUUUUGAAUCAAAUAGAAAUUUCAGAAUCUGAAAUGUGAUUUGUUAUGGAAAUGAUAAA